UCGUGUGCGUGUAUGAGUGCGUGAUCGUUGAGUGCAUUUGACGUGCGAAGUCCCACGAAAGCGACCGAUGAAGAUGUUGCCCGUGAAUCUUGCCACCUCCCAGUAGCAAGUCGUGCCGUCCGUAGCAAAUGAUACCGGUGGACGGAGUCUUGCCAAGCCGAGUAGCCCUUGCAUCCUACCACCAACCAGUUUUGAAUGACAAUGACUGCAAGCUGCUUCUCAAAACCAAUUUCAAAACCAAACGCCAGUCACAAUCAACGUGAACAUGUUGCAGCAGCCUCGGGAUUGAGGCAAACACACAUUUUCUACCUGCACAGUCCAGGGAGCGGGCAUUGCCUGGGUGAAUUACUGUUUAGACAACGAACUCGUACAUCUACAGAGUUGCGAGUGGUUCAACUUGCUUCAACUAAAGGUCAAUUUUGCGUAUAAUUUAAUUUAUUAAUAAAGGAUUACACUUAGACGCUCAGCACCUUGUUGUGCAGAUAGUCCCGCGCUCCAUAUUCACGCACAUGCACCCAGGCGCUAAUGCGCCCAAACCAAGGUUCCCAUAUACCUUCCACGCACGCCAUAUUCGAAUGGAUCCGUCACUCUUCUGAGUGAAUCGUGCCGUUCACUUCAGUGACUACCGGUACAUUGAAGUUUUCCAGCAUACAAAUUCCAAGUCAACUAUUUAUGUCGCGGCGCAAAGGGGGCAGUAUCCAAAGUAAAAGCUCAAGAAGCACCAGCAAGCAGCACCUCCGGAGGAAGGACACCCGGAAGCAGAGCAGCCCGACGCCAGCCAACUCCCUUUCGUCCCCCCUCUCUCUUCCCCCCGUCCUCUCCUCUCCCCUCUGUCCCCCACCUCCCACCUCGCCAUGUCCGCCGCUCCCGAAGAGACCGUGACCACCAUGGAGGAAGUCCUGGCGCAGCCGGCCCCGGCCCCAGCGUCCGCCUCCAGCGGCGGCUCCGGCGGCGGCGACAAGCCGCUCCCCGCCCGCAAGGAGCGCAGCAAGUCGCGCGACGCCGGCAAGCGCAUGGGCGGCGGCCAGAAGGCGUCCUGGAAGGUGACGGAGAUCCCGCGGGCCGUGCCCUCGGACGAGCACGACCCCAACUACGACAGCGAGGCGGAGGAGAACGUGGUGCUGGUGUCCACGCCCGGCUCGCCCACCAAGUCCAAGUCGACGCCGACGCUCGAGCCGGACGAGCUGGCGGCCAAGGAGCUGGCGCUCAACCCUCCGCCCGAGAUCAAGAAGCGCAUCAUCGAGAUCCUGGAGGAGUACUUCACCAGCGGCGACGCCGACGAAGUGCUGAGCUCGCUCAACGACCUGGACGAGCCCGAGUUCAACUACGAAGUGGUCAAGCGCGCGAUCACCAUGGCUAUGGACAAGAACGACAAGGAGCGCGAGUUGGCGUCGCGUCUGCUCUCGGCGCUGUACCUGGACGGACUCACGGCUGGCCAGGUGCUUAUGGGCUUCCGUCGGGUGCUGCUGCUGGCCGGCGACUUGCAGAUUGACAUCCCCACCGCCAAGAACAUGCUGGCCAUCUUCUGCGCCCGUGCGGUAGUCGAUGAGAUCCUGCCGCCCAGCUUCCUGGAGGACCCGUUCAUCACGCGAUACGCCCCGGAGAUUGCGGCGGAGGCGAUCAAGAAGCUGAGCAUCAACCACGCCACGGCACGAAUGGAGAAGGCCUGGGGACCUGGUGACGGCCGCCCCGUCGAGGAGCUCAAGGUGGCCAUCGACCAGCUUACCAAGGAGUACCUGCUGUCGCGCGACCUCGAGGAGGCUGCGCGCUGCGUUCGCGAGCUCAACGUGCCGCACUUCCACCACGAGGUGGUCAAGCGCGGCAUCACCAACUCGCUCGAGGAAGGCGGCGAGGCCAACAGUGCCGCGAUGGCGUCGCUGCUGGCCUACCUGGUCUCGCACGAGGUGGUGUCCACGGGCCAGCUGAUCAAGGGCUUCGAGCGCUUCAAACUCGUACUGGACGACGUCGCCCUGGACAUCCCCAACGCGGCCGCGCUAUUCCAGGACACCGUGGCGCGCGGUGUCAGCGACGGCAUCCUCCCCAAGGACUUCGACGCCAGCGCGGCCAAGAAGCAGUAAGUAGGCGAGGGUGAGCACGGACGCGGCAGUGAAGCCUCCGACGUGCGGUCAGUAAUUGCGUGAAGAAGAGCAUGGAGCUCUCGGGAGCGCGUUAUGAUAAUCCGCUAAAAUUCGCGCACGCAUAAUACACGAACGACUCUUGUUUUCUUUG